CUAGCAGUUGAGGUGUGAAAACCAAGGGAGGAGAAACUGGUUUUGUAACUGGCAAGCCAUUCACAGUCUUUGUUUAAUCCUGAGCUGAUGGUGUCAAAUUUGCAGAUGAACUGAAGCUCAGCAGUUUCUCUUUGAAGUCUGGUCCUGAAGUUUUUUUGCUGCAGGAUGGCCAUCUUAAGGUCUGCUAUAGUGUGGCCAGGGAGGUUGAAGUGUUCUCCUACAGGUUUUUGUAUAUUGCCAUUCCUAAUAUCUGAUUUGUGUCCGUUUAUCCUUUUCCGUAGCGACUGUCCAGUUUGGCCGAUGUACAUAGCAGAGGGGCAUUGCUGGCAUAUGAUGGCGUAUAUUACAUUGGUGGACGUGCAGCUAUGGUGUCCACUCUCAUUCCAUGUUCACAUCUGUACAUCAACCAUCAAUCAAUGCUGCUCAGGGACCUGCUCUUACUAUGUUGGCAUAAUGAGGCACCUGCAUCAGUGGGAGAUAAAUUUAAGUCUAGACAUGUGCACAAAAAGAAAUUUCAGUGCAGUGGAUGGGAUCCUUGUCAUUGUGCCCUGGGGAAUUAGCAGAAGAAACUGACCCAUAAGACUACAGAGCUUGCUCUUCUGUAUCCAGGCUGGAAUUAACUCAAUGAUUGUUCUAAGAAGGGGACAAUGAAUAAUACUGCUGAGUGCAUGGACGAUUACAAUCUGGAUAAGAACUUGUUUCCAUUUGUUUACAUCACUGUGAUUGUGGUCAGUAUUCCUGUCAAUUGUACAUUCCUCUGUGUAUCUUGUAUACAAGUGAAGAAAAAAAAUGAGUUAGCAAUAUAUCUCUUCAGUUUAUCCCUAGCUGACCUCCUAUACUCUCUGACCUUGCCUCUGUGGAUUGAUUACACUUGGCAUGGAGAUACCUGGCGAUUCUCUGCUUUGCUUUGCCAGAUUUCUGCCUUCCUUAUGUACAUGAAUUUUUACACCAGUGCUGCCUUCCUUACUUGCAUCUCUGUGGAUAGAUACCUGGCAUUAGUUCACCCUCUCAAGUUCCAACACCUGCGCACAAGAAGAUUUGCCUUACUCGUUAGCAUCUUUGUUUGGAUUUUGGAAACCAGCCUGAACAGUACGAUUCUGGUGAAGGAUGAAACAUUCAGUGAGGUUUGCAAUUCCACUCGCCAUGUCUUAUGUUAUGAUAAAUACCCUAUGGAAAAAUGGCAAGCCAUACUAAACAUCAUCCGGAUAUGCUCAGGAUACAUGAUCCCUUUGGCCAUCAUGAUGUUUUGCUACCAAAAAAUCUACCAAGCUGUGAGGCGUAAUCAAGCCACAGAAGAUAGAGAAAAAAAGAAAAUCAAGAAGCUGCUAUUGAGCAUCACCAUUACUUUCUUCCUUUGCUUCACUCCCUAUCAUGCUGUGUUGCUGAUUCGCAGCAUCAAUGAGCCAGACAAUGUCAACUUUGUCCAUAUGUUUAAGCCUUACAGAAUUACACAAGCCUUAACAAGUUUCAACUGUAUUGCUGACCCAAUUCUGUACUGCUUUGUGAGUGAAACUGGGAGAACAGAUAUCCUGAACAUGCUCAAACGCUGCUUUUGUGUGCGACAAUCUGAGUUACAGCAGCCAACAGAUGCUACUAUGACUAGUAUUAUUAAAAAGAGUGCUACAGCAGUGACACUGAAGUCAUCUACAGACCUUUAAGUGCAAAUGAACUUUUGUCCAAAAUGCCCAAUACAGUGAACUGCCAAAGAACUAUAUAAUUGAUGAGACAGGCCAAAUUCUUUCCUAAUUUACACCCAAGAAACAUCACUGAAGCUGUAUAGUAUUCAAAAUAAUGUGAAAUCAGUGGAGUUGCCUGGGUGUAACUGAGGGGAAAAUUCAGCCAUUAUAUUAUUUGCUUUACAUGUACCAUGCAAGGGCAAGUAUGUGGUCUAGUGAUCAAAAAGAGGUUAAUGUGAGUCAGGACUCAUGGGUUCUAUUACUGGAGGAUCUAAUAGGGAUUCAUUAUGCGACCAGGGCAAGUCACUGAAGUUGCACCAAUAUACAACUGGAGUGGAGAGGCAGGAUUAGUGUCAUUGUUCUAACCCAGGGAUCGGCAACCUUUGGCCCACGGCCCGUCAGGGAAAUCCACUGGCGGGUUGGGCCGGUUUGUUUACCUGCCGUGUCCACAGGUUCGGCCAAUCGCAGCUCCCACUGGCCGCAGUUCACCACUCCAUGCCAAUGGGGGCAGCGGGAAGCGAUGGCCAGCACAUCCCUUGG